AUGAACGGGGACAAUCGUCCACAUGACAGCUUUGGGUCUGAUCCUCUGCUGGCGGCAGUCAAAGUGGGCGCCUUGAGCGGCGCUGCCGGUUUGAUAUAUGGAGGAGCAGCAGGAGUGAUCAAAUCGCCAAAUCCAGUGAUCCAUUCGCUAUCCUGCGGUAUUCACUGGUUUGCAUGCGGUACAACCUUUUGGUGGCUACGGAGCAACGUUAUCAAACUUCACUUUCAAGAUCAAGCGUCCCCCCAAGAACGCGCCGCCUUCAACAGAGUUGAUGCAUGGCAGGUGGAAAGGGCCCAGAACCCUUCCAAACCAUUCUUCCAGCGCAUGGCUGAUAGCAAAUGGAUUCCUCUACGGAAUUUGUCGGAUGAGGAGUACCGUGGGAUGCUUAGCGAGAAAUUACUAGGUAUUGAGGCGGAAAUCGCGCUCCUUGACGAGAAAAUCGAGGAUCUUGAGAAGACCCGCCCAGUGUCUACUACCGAACAAUGA